AUGAAGACAAAGGACACGAAGAGAUUUGCGACCUCUUCAGAAGACGACCGCCGCUGCUCUGUCCACAAAAAACCUGGUCGCACUCCACAGAAAACACACAGGCAGCACAAGCAAACCGGCCAGACAACGCGGGGUACCCGACUCCAGUCCCUGCCCAACUCUUCUGGCCAGGGCAGGGACAGAGCCCCUGCUUCUCAAACAAUCCGUGAUUAUGUUUACCCCAACCCUCUAUGCCACCGCUCCCACUGGCAUUUGUCCCAGGUCAGCAAUGACCAGGACGUGGUGAUGAGAGAUGUUUCCGGCCAGACAACGCGGGGUAUGCGCCUCCAGUCCCUGCCUAACUCUUCUGGCCAGGGCAGGGACAGAGCCCCUGCUUCUCAAAAACCUCGCUAUUCCAAUUCCCGACGCCGCCGCCCCCAACGGCGUCUGUCCCAGGUCAGCAAUGAUCAGGACGUGGUGAUGAGAGAUGUUUCCGGCCAGGCAACGCAGGGUAUGCGCCUCCAGUCCCUGCCUAACUCUUCUGGCCAGGGCAGGGACAGAGCCCCUGCUUCUCAAAAACCUCGCCAUUCUGAUUCCCGACGCUGCCGCUCCCAACGGCGUCCGUCCCAGGUCAGCAAUGACCAGGACGUGGUUAUGAGAGAUGUUCGUUGUGAGGUUAGGAAUACAACGCCUGCCUCCAAGCAACCCCCCCGCCCUGCGAAUCCCCGUUCCAUCCUUAAGGUCAGCAAUGGCCAGGAUGUGGUCAUGAAAGAUGUCUUCCUUCCCAAGAAAAAAGUACACUUUGCUGGUGCAGAAGUUCACCUCUUCCAUUGUUCCGAGCCCGAGAUCAUUUAUGACUCGGAUGUUGAGAUGGCUGAAGCCGAGGAUGAAGAUGUGGAGAUGGAGGACGCUGAUGUUGAGAUGGUCGAUGCCCCUGAGCUUCCCUGGUGGGUCAGCAAUGACCAGGACGUGAUGAUGGAAGAUGUGUUUCUUUCUCCAAAAAGGGCUCACUUUGAAGACGCUGAAUCUCAACCUCUCCAUGAUAUUCAGCCCAUGAUCAUGUAUGACCAAGACAUUGAGUUGUUUAACAUUCAAGAGGAUGUGGAUGUGGACAUGGAGGACGUUUUCCGUGCCCGCCGAAGAAUCCACUUAGCCGACUUUCGUUAUCAUUUCUCAACUGGCCGCAGUCCAAGGUCAGGACAGAGACUCUGCAUCUCAAAACCCUCAUCCUCCUACUUCCAGCCGCACCGUCCCAACUGGCACCAGGUCAACGUUGGGAGAGACUCCCUGGCCUGUUGA